AAAUAGCCUGAGAGACACAUGAGAAGCAGUGCUGCUAAACUGAGGGGCAGCUUGAGUGAGAACACCAGCAGUAUAGAGAAAGUGCGUCGAAAAGAAAGACGUGGCGCUGAAGUUUUUCAACAAAAAAGUCAUCAAACGGUGACUUUUCUUCCAGGGGGAAGUCAAGGAAGGAAACCACCUGUUGAGAUGGGAAGUCCAAGCCCUCCGCUUUACCUCAAUGUGAGCCCAGAGAUGAUCAACUCUACAUCAGAUGUGACCAAAGGCGAGGAGGGCUUCAGUGAGGCCACAAUGAUCGUGCUGGGCAUGAUCAUGUCGUCGCUCAUCCUCUGUAUCGUUUUCGGCAACAUCCUGGUCAUUACGGCGAUUGCUCGCUUCCAGCGUCUGCAAAACGUCACCAACUGCUUCAUCACCUCCCUGGCUUGCGCCGACCUGGUCAUGGGUCUCAUCGUGGUCCCCUUCGGCGCCUGUUAUAUCAUCUUCAAAACCUGGCACUUUGGUAGUUUCUGGUGCGAGUUCUGGACGGCGACCGAUGUUCUCUGUGUGACCGCAAGCAUUGAGACCUUGUGUGUCAUCGCCAUAGACCGUUACUUGGCCAUCACCUCGCCCUUCCGUUACCAGACCCUGCUGACAAAGUGUAAGGCUCGCAUUGUGGUGGUGCUGGUGUGGAUCAUCGCCGCCCUGAUAUCGUUCCUGCCCAUCCACAUGAAAUGGUGGAUAUCUGACGAUAAACAAGCGAAAGAGUGCACCAAUGAUAGCAACUGCUGUGAAUUCUACACCAACAUGGCUUAUGCCAUCACGUCCUCCAUCAUCUCCUUCUACAUCCCUUUGGUCAUCAUGGUGUUUGUCUACAGCCGAGUUUUCCAGGAGGCCAAGCGCCAGCUCAGAAAGAUUGAUCAAAGCGUGGGGCGAUUUCACAACAACGACAGUUUCAAACCCAUGGACGCCAACAUCGGGCGGGGCCAGAAGAAGAUGAAAUUUUGUCUGCGGGAACACAAAGCCCUAAAGACGCUGGGCAUCAUCAUGGGGAUCUUCACUCUGUGCUGGUUGCCCUUCUUUCUGCUCAACGUGGUGGUUGCCAUAUGGAAGGUGGAAGACAUUGACCUGACUUUUCGGAUCCUCAACUGGAUAGGUUACGCAAACUCAGCCUUUAAUCCGCUCAUUUACUGCCGGAGCCCGGAGUUUCGAUAUGCCUUUAAGGAAAUCCUCUGCCUCAAAGGGAACCACGACUCCAAAGCGGGACCUAUGAAUGGAUACAUCUGCGAUAGACACAGUUGGCAGAGUGAGCCGCAGGGGCGGAGUAAAGGCAACUCAGAAGACAGUGACGCCUUCGAGGGCUGCUUGGAGCAAGGAGCAUGUGUUGACAAUGUUGAGGACAGAGCGGUGGACUCCAACGGGAACUGCAGCAAAGACCCCGCGAUUGUAAAGGCUGUACUUUAAACUAUGAGACUUUUAGCCCAAAGGGCACCAACUUUCAUGUUUACACUGCUGUCAUGCACCUAUUGAUUUUGGCAGGUAAGGCCAGUCAAGAAGCAUGGUAGAGGCGCAGGAUUCUGCUUAGAGGAAACUAUAUUUAUCAUGUUACAAAAAUACUGUUGACAAAUUGUGCUGAUUCAUUCUGUUCAUAUUCCGUCUACCUCACCACAUCGUCGUCUUGAAAGUGCGCUUGAACAUUCGUAUUGCCACAACGUGAUAGCACUGAGGCCGUUUGAUCUAUCCUCGCUUUAAAAAAAAAAAAAAAAAAAAAAAAAAAGGA